AAAAAAAAUCAUACAUAUUUUUUCCUACUUUAUUUUUAAUAAUAAUAAAAAAUACAACAAUAUAUCAUCUUUAAAUUCUUCAUAAAAAUGGAAACAAAAAUGCAAAAUUCCAUCAGAUAUUCAACUGUUUUGACCAUUAUUGAAAUUUCCGACCAUGUUGAAAUUGGUAAAUUGAUUGGUCGUAAAGGACGUAAUCUAAAACCCAUUGAGAAAGGGACUGGUACACACAUUUAUAUUAAUCCAAAAAUAAGUCCUCGACAAAUUGAAAUUAAAAUAAAUAAUAAAGAUAAUGAAAAUAGAGAUGAAAAUAUUUCGACUGGGGAGUGGAUCAAUAAAAUAAAUCGAAAAAAAGAUAUAGAAAAAGAAAAAAACAAUAGUAGAAUUUCAGAUAAUGGUAAUCAUCAACACGCAACAGUCGCAACACCAAGAAAUCAUAAAGAUAACGAUCAGAAAGAAAAAAGAAAAAUGUCCAAAAGAAAAAUGUCGCAUACGACCAAAACUCGACAAUCACGAAAUAAGGAAAACAUUAGAAGAAAUGAUCCUGCGAAUCACACGAAUUACAAUCAAUCUAAUUAAUCCAUUUUUUCUUUUUUU